GGCACCAGCCUCUGAGUCUCGGUCAUAAACCCCUGAGCCCGGGCUUCAAGGAGGCUGGCACAUUCCCUGCCAGUGUGGGGGGCACAGGAGACGGAUCAGCCGAGCAGAAACCCGGCACUCCUAGCAAAGUCGCCUCGGAGGCGUUGCAAAGGUUCUCCAAAGCAGAGUGGAGAGCCAGUGACAUUGCAUCUGCUGUGGACCUGUUUGAUACGUAACAGUAGACGAGCAUGGAGAAUUCCUCAGUGGCCUCAGCUUCCUCGGAAGCUGGAAGUAACCGAUCUCAGGAAAUAGAGGAGCUGGAAAGGUUCAUUGAUAGCUACGUCCUCGAAUACCAGGUUCAGGGGUUGCUCACAGACAGACCAGAAAAUGAUGUAGAUGGUGAAAAGACACCACCAAACUCACAGUGGAAUGAGGAUUUCACCGACACGCUAGGCGUACACUGGCCAUCUCCGAAAGAGAAGAACUCCUGCAAACAAACAAAUCAGAUCAGUAACCAAGAGACAUCUUACGACAUUCUGGGGACGGACAUCUGGGCAGUUAACUCCUUUGAAAACAUUAGUGGAGCUACAUGGGACCUACAACCUGAGAAAUUACAUUUCACCAGCUCGUUUCAUCGAAGGCAUUUCCAAAACGCUUCCAAGUCCCUCCCUCACAUUGAGCGAGAAGGAAUGGUAAGAGGGAAGUUUGAAGAGGACCGAAACAUCACUUUGAAUGAUCUGGACAAAGUGCUUCCCGUGAGGACGGUCUAUCAACCAUUAUCGAAUGAAGCUGAAGUUGCACAGACCAAGAAAUUAUUCCGGAGACGAAGGAAUGAUCGGAGGAGACAGCAGAGGUCGUCAGGAGGAAACAAAAAUCCGCAGCAACAACACGGGGAGCAUCAGUCCAGCAACGCAAAGCAUAACCGGGACCACUCCAGACAAUACCAGCCUCCCGCGUCGCACGCAGGCGGAAAACAGGGUCCGCCGAACCACGGCUACAGCCAACAGCGCAGAUGGCAGCACAACCAGAAACACUCUCCCAACGACAAGGAGUCGAACCGGAAUGCCAAAGACAGCAAUAAUGCUCCGGGGGAGGACUUCUCCAAAGGCUCUGCCCAGACAGCAGAGGAGCUGAACAAGCCCACAGACCCGCCCAACAGUCCCAGUCCACAGAACCUCCGGAACGCCGAAAUAAAACGCAAAGACAGCAUUUCAGAUCGGCAGGUGGACCAACCAAAAGUUAAUUUAUUGGAGUCUUCCAAAGAUAGGCUAAAAAGAAGGCUCAAGGAAAAGGACAACCCCCUCAGCCCAGGACACAAUCUAGUGAACCUUUGUUGCACUCCCUCUAAGGAUGAAAUUUCCUUGAACGUGACUAACCCUGAGAAAACCAAAAUGGACAAAUUGAUUGAAAUCCUCAAUAGCAUGAGGACCAACAGUCGCGACGUGGACUCCAACCUCACCUCAUUCAUGGAGGAGGCUCAGAACUCCACCAACUCUGAGGAGAUGCUGAACGAGAUAGUUAAAACCAUUUAUCACAAGGCCGUUACGGACAGGAGCUUCGCUUCAACUGCUGCCAGACUCUGUGAUAAAAUGUCUCUCUUCAUGGUGGAAGGCACUAAAUUCCGAAGCUUGCUUCUCAAUAUGUUACAGAAAGAUUUCACGGUGAGGGAUGAGCUGCAGCAAAGUGACGUUGAGCACUGGCUGGGAUUCAUCACCUUCCUCUGCGAGGUGUUUGGAAUCAUGAGAAGCAAUGCAGGAGAGCCUUUCCGUGUGCUCGUCUGCCCGAUCUACACCUGUCUCCGUGAGCUGUUACUAUCACAAGAUGUCAAAGAAGAUGCUGUCCUCUGUUGUUCAAUGGAGCUGCAGAGCACAGGCAAGUUACUGGAGGAACAGUUGCCAGAGAUGAUGACAGAACUGCUGGCCACAGCACGCGACAAGAUGCUGGGCCCGUCCGAGUCGGCACUGACGAGGUCUCUCCUCCUCGAAGUUAUCGAGCUGCAUGCCAAUAACUGGAACCCGCUAACCCCCACCAUCACGCAGUACUACAAUAACACCAUUCAGAAACUAACUGCUUAAAAAGCCUGCGAAACAAAAGCAAAAACAGCAGGGGGGAAAUAAAAGAGAAGCCAGGAAGGUGGAAGAUCAAAAUAUAGGAAGGUGCUGUCUUUUUUUUAAUACACAAAAAAAAGACUUUUUAUUGGAAAAGAAAGGAAUGUAUUACAUAAACCAGAAAGUCCCAGCAUGCUGCAAAUCACUUUAUGAGUGCAUUUUUUUUUCAUUCGAGUGCCAAACCUUCCUUUUCCCUUUCCUGUGUUUUUGAUAUGUGGUUAAUCAGUCCACAGCACAGAGACCUGUGGUUUGUAAGGACUGAAGCUCGCCUGGUAUUGUGUUGGGUGUGUGUAUGUGUAUGCGCUCUCUCGUGUUCUGUUUGAUCUGCCAUUCAAACAGCCGUGUUGCUGGCAAGCUGGCAGAAGGUAACAUUUAGCACGUUCAGUGCCAGGCUCAAAUCAACUACUUUGUUCGAGGCUGGUUUUAAAUUGACCUACUGUCUUUGUUUUAUGCAUUCGCUCACUCCUGGAAAGAGGGAAAUAGUUAAAACACAUUUACAGUAGAACUUUGCCUCUGGAUUCUUUUAACAGAAAGCUGAAUGUUUUAAGUUCUAUGGCUUUAGAAACAAUAUUUUGAAGCUAUGCAUUGGUUUAGAUAAUGGGAAGAGCAGGUUUUGAAUUAAACUGACUCAAGGCUACCUGCAUGAGAAGUCAUGCCUCAGCCUUGUAAGCUAACGUGAAUUUUGUGAUCCCAAAUUAUCUGCCAAUAUACUAAGGGAGAGACUAUCCCACAGACUUACAGUAUUUAGUUUGAAUGGCAAGUGUGUGAAACAUUUAAAAUAACUUUUGGAUUGGAUUUUCCAACAGUUCAACUGUAUUAAUGAGUAAAAUAGUUCCUCACAUCAUUCCUUGUUCAGUCACGCAAUGUGCAUGUAGGAACUAUUUUUAUAAUAAAUCUAAUUACAAAACCAGAAGUGAGACAUGAUGGGUUAUGAACCUGCUCUGGUUAAUGCAGAGUUGAGACAAUGUUAGACAGAUUAUUUUUUAAUAAUGUUGCUGAUAUUGCCAUUCACAAAUGACCUUUCACCUUUCCUUCAGUACAGCACCUCAUCAGUUUCAUAUGGACUUGUUUGGCUGUAAAGUGCUUUGGGACAUCCUGAGAGAUGAGACCACCCUUUUAAUGCGAUUUUUAGUUUAAUGGUUACAGAAGAUCGAAAAUACAAAUUGAUGUUGCUGCCAGGGAAGUCACUACAUACUCUGUUGGUUUGUGUAAUAAAUGUUGUCUGAAAUAUCUUGCACAAUAAGUGCAAAGUGUACCAUUUGUUGUAAUAACCUCAAUGAAGAUUCAGUGAAUUUGUUGUGACGUUUUCGAUUGGAAAGGCAAGAAUAACACUGUUAUCUGCUAUGACCACAGCUGACAGGACACGGGAAAUGUAACCACUGAUGGUAACUAUGUAUGUAUGUAAGCAGCGAUGCUGGAUAGCCAGUAUAGGUGACAGAUAAUAAUUCAAAUUGUUCAUUGGCUGAUCAUGGAUUCAGGAUUGCUUAUGUUCUUUAGUGUUUAUUACACUGUAAUAGCCUCUAAUAAGGUCUUUGAAGGGACCUUAUUGGAGAUUGAAACCUUUUCUUUUAAUAAGGCAGUGUGCCAGAAUGAAUUAGGAUCGGUUCUAGCGCACCUGUCUAACAUUCUGCAGGUUAAAAGGUUAGUAGGGGUAGGCUGAACGGGGUCUGCAUGUCGGUCUGGUCCAAGGGGAAGUGGCAAUGGAGAACCAAGCUUAGCUCAAAGGCAGAGUCAUUGUUGUUCACAUUGGAAGGUGUUAGCAAUGGGUUUCCACUGGGUUUGGUACUCAAGUCCCUUGUUUUUUGUAAUCAGUGAUGUAGGUUUAAUGUAGAGUGCAUGAUAGGAAAGUUGCAGGUGAUUCAGAAGUAGUGUAUGUAGUUGAUAGUGAGGAAUUUGCUUUAGAAUGUAGACUAAUAGACAUAAUUGAGGCAUUUGAGGAGAAAAGUGGCGAAUCUGGACGAGGAAAGGAUAGUUGCAGUAAAUGAGAGGAUUCUGACUGAUGCAAAAUUACCUUGAAUGGAACAUAAAGAUAUCAAGGCAGGUCACUCGUGGAAGGAUACUGCAGUGCUUUCUUUGACCUGAGACAUACAAUAUAAGCAAAGAAUUAAUGCCUCGACUGUUUGCAACAGUCUACUGGUCGGCACAUGAUUGAAAUGGUAUAAUCGUCUAAAAAGGUGUUGAGGUUUACAAGGAUCUUACCAGAACUGGAAUAAGAUCAUAAGGUAUUAGAUGAGGUUGUUUACUUUGAAACAAAGAAGACACUUACUUAAUUGUCCAUAAAACUGGGCAACCUACAGGCAUAAACUGGGAGAGCCUGUCUUUCUUCACUGAAGGGUUAAAAGCAAUGAAUCUCUUCUGCAACCUCGGUGAUGCUGUCACACUCUUCUUGAAGUCUGGUGACUAUGAAAUGUAGUGUAACCCCAGCUGUGGCCAAGCUCGUGUUAUAUAUGUUCGAACACAGUUUACCCUGCUUUUAUAUGCAAUGCCUCAACCAAUAAAGGCAAGUAGCCCAUGUGUGUUAUAACUACUGUUUCGACCUGUCCUGCAGUCUCGGUAAAUCAGUGGGCAGGUAUGGCAUGGUCCCUUCGAUCCCUCGACAUUUCCUCUGUUCUGUAGUAUUGUUUAUUCUCCAGCCAUUUAUCUUACUCUUCUCUCAAUCCCAUUUCACAUUUGUGUGCAGUCCCAUGGCCUGUUCGUUAGUUUUUAGUCUGGUUGGAUAGAACUCAGUUCCUGACUGUUUCCAGGAUGGGACUUUACUUAAUAAAAUACUGAAUUCUGAAUGUAUAGAGAAAUCAAUUUGCAACUGAUACAGGAGGACAGAUUAAAGUUCGACAUAGCCUAUUGGACAGAGCUAUUGGCCGAGGAAUUGUGUAGCAUGCUCCUGUAAUAGAACACUCUUCAGUAAAUUAGUCAAUGUGCCAAUCUGUAAGUUUGUCGUUUUUGGCUCCUCCGCUUGGGUGCAAGAAUGUAACUAGACAAACACAGUGGUAUCCCAACAACAUGCUGUCCAUGUUUGGAUUCUACUCGUGUCUGUAUCUAACAGGAAGUGAUGUUCACAAUUAAUAUUUCAAUAUCAGCUUUAUUAACACUGAGAUAUGUCAUGAAAUUUGUUGUUUUGCAGCAGCGGUACAGUGAACAACAAAAAUAAUAGAAGCUACAAUAAAAAUAUUAAAAAAUUAAUAUGUGGUGCGAAACAAGAGCAGAAUAGUAAGAUAGUAUUCACAGGUUCAUGAUUCAUUCAGAAAUCUGAUGGCAGAGGGGAGAACACUGUUCCUAAAUUGCUGAGUGUGUCUCUUCAGGCUCCUGUACCUCCUCCUCGGUGUUUGGUGGGUAAUAAAAUGGACGAGUUGACGGCACUAGCCAGGCAUCAGAGAGCAUUUCGGGAGUGCAAUGUUAUGUGUUUUACUGGGGCUGCACAAGGACAUACCCGAUCAAGACUUUUCCAUGGAGGGCUUCCAGACUAUUCGGGCUGACCAGAAGUGCACUGAGAGCGGUAAGCGUAAAGGAGUUGGGGGCUUACUGUUCUGGUUAACAAUGGAUGGCGCAAUCCUGGUCAUAUUACAAUCGAGGAACAUGUUUGUAGACCAGAUAUUGAACUUUUUACUGUUGGACUCCAGCCAUAUUCCACCGAGAUACAACACUGGGCGUCACGGGAGGUUGUUCCUGCCUGUGGCCAUCGAACGUUGCAGCUCCUCCCGUGGAGGGUCAGACACCCUGAGUCAAUAGGCUGGUCCUGGACUUAUUUCCAUCUGGCAUAGUUUGCAUUUUGUUGUUUGAUUGUUUGUGGUUUUUGUAUUGCCAUAUUUAUGCUCUAGUCUUGGUUGGUGCGGCUGUAACAAAACCCAAUUUCCCUCGGGAUCAAUAAAGUAUAUCUAUCUAUCUAUCUAUCGAUGGUAACAAUGAGAAGAGGGCGUGUCCUGGGUGAUAGGAGUCCCUCAUGAUAGAUGCCAUCUCCUGUGGAGAUGUACUUUGGUGGAGAGGCUAGCGCCCAUGAUGGAGCUGACUGAGUUUACAACCCUCCACAAGAGGUAAAGGAGGCCUGCUUGCACGAGUCCUAAUCCAGUGGGAGAUGCCAAUGGGAACUGGCUGCCCAAUGAUACCUUUUUACAUUUAAACAUUUGCCCCUCACCCUUUUCUUUCUCAGGGGCCUCCUACAUUGUGACCUGAGCUCUGACUUGCCUCCUUGACCCCAUCUACCCUAACUACGUACCUGACACCAUGGCCCUUGCAGCAUCAGGCCCUCAUUCAAACUGUAUGCUGGUCCACAACUCCUCACGUAACCAGCAUCCCCUUCAUGCUGCCAAAGAACUUCUGAGCCGCAUCACAUCUGAAGCCACAAAGUAUUUGACAAUGUAUAUAACGCUUAGCGAGCCCGUGAAACACUGCAACCACCAUCCGGUCUUGAAGAGGAAAGUAGUUUUUUUAUGUCGGAAAUAAUGUACAAACUGUAUCAUUUCUUAAUGCAUGCAUUACUAAAUGACAAUAAAAGAGGACUAUGUGUCUUCAUAAUCUAAAUUUUAACUUAUUAAAUGCUAACACAUUUCUGUGGAUCUCUCCAAAUGAGGCACCGCUCUCCUUUUAACACAGUGGCUGCACAAAAAAAUGGGUCAACCAUGAUAAAUGUACAUUACGACACUGCACUGGUUUAUGGAGAUUGGGAGGGCCCUGGUUCACCUCUGCUGUGCUGAGCUGAGCCAUUUCGGAUGGGAGUCCUGCAGUUAGGACAUAGAACAGUACUGAACAGAAACAGUCCCUUCGGCCCACAAUGGUGUUCUGAUCCAAUUAAAUUAGUCAUCCAACAGGCAACCUAACUAAUCCUCUCUGCCUACACAAUGUCCAUAUCCUUCCAUUUUCCUCAUAUUCAUGUGCCUAGCUGAAUGUCUCUUAAAAGUCUCUAAUAUUUCUGCCUCUACUUCCACCUCAGGAAGCCACCACUCUCGGUGUAAAAAAACUUGCCCCUCACGCCUUCUUUGAAAUUACCCCCUCUGACCUUCAAUGCAUGACCUCUGGUAUUAGGCACUUUAGUUAUCCUCAGUGGACUUGAGAAGGAAUUCACUGAUGACUAGACAUCCAAUGAUCUAAAUGUUUCUCACCCCUUCUACUCUAAAAAUCAGCGUAUCUAAUGCCUUUUACCCAAUGCGAUGGUACGUAUGUGAUUUUCCAUUGUGCAUCAUUAAAAAACGUAUAGGGCUUGCAUGGAAUAACUUAGUUCGCAGGGUUCUGUGCAGUCUCAGCAAUGCAGUGAGUUGGUGUGCAGUUAAAGAGGCAAAUCCAGUGCCCAGCCUGCUGACGAUUGCAAACUCAACUCCAUCAUGGCCAGUAGCCUCCCUACCAUCCAGGACAUCUUCAAAAGGCAAUGCCUCAAAGAGGAGGUACAGGUGCCUGAAGGUACACACAUAACAUUUCAGGAACAACUUCUUCACCUCCGCCAUUAGAUUUUGGAAUGGACAAUGAACCCAUGUACUCUACCUCACUUCUUUGGCUCUCCUUUCCACUGUUUGUUAAUAUAUAAGCCCAAGUACUGAUACUGAGAGUGAGUGAGAGAAAGCAGCAAUAUAGUGCAAUACAUAAAAACUAUAAAUUACAAUAAAAAUAUUUAAAUUAUAAAUAUUUCUUGUAAUUUGUAGUUUUUUUUUAAUGUAGCGCUGCUGCAAAACAACAAAUUUCAUGUCGUGGUAACUAUAUGGAGUGGUGGUAACUCUAGACCAGGUGAGGGAAGAUUUGAAGAGGCUGUUGAUCACUAUGCAGGAAGGGAUGUUUACUUUGUGCAAAACAAUCCACAGAAAUCCUCCAGGGCUACAAGCAGUCUCUCUGACAGGGAAAUUUCUGUUCAGAGGGUAUCUCUUCGAUAUGCAUGUAAUUUGGGGAGGACUGCAAUGUAGGCAAGUCCUCGUGUGGGGUUUGUAUUCAUCCCGUGAACUAAAGGAACUGCAGCAUCAGGCAGCCAACAGUCAGGUGUGACACAGAUCUGCUGCAGAGCUUUGGAAUUCUCAAGGGACGAGGAAGCUGAGAAUUAACACCAACCGUAAGAACAGUCCAUGUGCGGGCAGAGGGGUCUGCAACCUCAGCAAGGACCUUCCUGCUGUAGUGUGGCCUGCGUAAAGAUUUCUCAUCAGAAAUCAAAAUAAGAGGCUGUGUCACUGUAAGCGUUCAAUAGCUGUGAUAUCUUAGGUGACUGAACGUUUCUGUGUCUUUCACCGCACAGCCUCCAAGACCCAUGUUCCCACAUCAUCAAGUGAGAUGAAUGUUGGGUAUAAAAGGGAAAUAAGUUACUAACUCAAAUACAGCUGAAGGUAACGGGAAGGCUCAGUUCUGAAUGUAAGCAUUUCUUAAAAAAGAGCUCUGAGGUGGCCUGACAAAGUGUGUAGUUGGUUUGAUUCCACUUUUAAAGGGCAACACACACAAAAUGCUGGAGGACCUGAGCAGGUCAGGCAACAUCUAUAGAAAUGAUUAAACAGUUGACGUUUCAGGCUGAGGCCCUUCAUCAGGACUGGGAAGGGUCUCUGUGCAAAACAUCGACUUUAUUCCCCUCCAUAGAUGCUGCCUGACCUGCUGAGUUCCUCCAGAAUUUUGUGUGUAUUGCUCUGCAUUUCCAGCAUCUGCAAAAUCUCUUGUGUUUAUAAUUCCUCCUUUAAAGAUUAUGGUAUCCAGGAAGUAGAGAUAGUAUGGAUUAUUUGUGGAUAAAUACGGACUGUUGUUUACUGCACCAGGGACACAGACGUGACAUGGUUAGUGAUGUUAUUGUAGGCUUUAGCAGGAAUUCUGACAGGAUGAAACUUCAAUUACUCAGCAACGUAUGUGAGAAUGAAUUUCUCAGCUUUAACUAGGAUUACUUAUAAAGCAUCAGAACUUAGGCUCCAUUGGUAUGUUGGUUUAUUUACUGAACUGUGUCUGUUCACCAAGAGGUGAUGACAAUGCUGGGGUCCCCAACCUUUUAUUUUGCUAUUAACUGAUGCCUCAGAUUGGCAGCCCUGUUCUAGUGGAUGGGAAAUUCAUCAUGCUUGAUGUGAAGAAAGGUUUUUAUCAUCCAUUAGACUGGUCCAGUGUUUGGGAGCACACUGUACUGUGUGCUAAGCUGUCAGGGGCUAAUGCAAAGUUCCACAAAGUACCUGCUCAACUUUCCCAAUUAUCUGACUGCACCCUCAUCGGCUACAGUCAAAGCUUUGUAUAUCCAGGGGUCAGCUUCAACUUAGCAUGCGGAGUUGUUGGAGAGAUGGGCAUUACUUGGGAAUUCCCUGGGAAGCAGCAGUUUGUUACAUCUUGGGAAGAUGUAACUCCAGACAAUGCAAGGCACUCUUGAGAUUCAGCCUAUAUUGUUAUACUGCAGUCUCUGGAGUGUCACUUCAACAUAUAACUUCUUAAUCAGAGGCAAAACUUCUACUGAAAGAAGCAUUGCUUCUGUGAUAAUUCUUUGUGCACCAACCCAGAGAUUUCAGCAAUAGAAUUUUGUGGCAAUUUUUUUUUGGGGGGGGCGGGAAUUUCAGGAUUCAUUUUCCUAUAUUCCACUUGACUUUCAGUUUCCUCCGUUUGCCUUUUGAGUCACUGACACAUGCCGUGCACGCUUUGAGAUGAGGGAGCUGCCGGAUGGUGACUCUCCACCAUAUAGGCUGGUCUCCCCGACUGGCUGCCAUGUUUCCUGCACGCCAACAUUGACCCCAUUUCCUGAAAUACUUCAAAAGCUGUAAAGCUCUCUAGGGUACCCUGAAAGGUGGUAUAAAUGUAGUCUUUUUACCAAGACAUGUGGCACAUCAUCAGUAACUAAUGCACAUUUUUAUCAUGCAUCUUUUUACCAUGUGACAUUUGUUAGAGAGUUCUCUAUGUUAAAUCAGUUCUAUUAAAUAAAUAUUCCUUUCCAUGAUGAACACCAAAAUAUUUUUUUGAAGAGUCUAAGUUUAAUUGCAACUUAUUUAAUAUCUACUGAUAUACGAUUUGUGCUGUGUAUCUAUUGUCAAGCUCAGCAAGUUAUUUCUGUUGUUUUUAUUUUAUUUCCCUUAAUUAAAUAUUAAAGCAAAUGGAAAUGAUUAACUAGUCAUUGUACUUCAGCUUUUAAUUUGUUUCAUUUAUUUAGAGAUGCAGCACAACCUUCGAGCCGCACCACCCCAGCAAACUCCGACAAACCCAAUUUAAAACUAACCGAUUCACAAGGCAAUUGGUCUGUGGGAGGAAACUAGAGCUCCCGGUGGAAACCCAUGCAUUCCAUGGGGAGGAUGUACAGAGUCUCCUUAAGGAGGACUCUGGAACUGAACUCCAAACUCCGACACCCAGAGCUGAAAUAGUGUCAAGUUAAUUACUACGCUACCGUGAUGUCCCUGCAUAUGUGCUGUAUGCUGCUGGAGAGAACAUCAAUAAUAACUAGCUGUAUACUGGUUUAAUAUCGUUAACGUACUUACUCCAUAAACAAACAUUAUCAAUCACUUACCAGUAUUUUAUGCCUAUCCAACCGUCGUUGUUGGAUUCAUUUUGUUGCAUUUUUUAAAUGAAAUAGAACAUUACAGCACAGUACUGGCUAUGCAGCUUUCAAUGACCUUUUAACCUACUCUAAGAUCAAUCUAACCCUUCCCUCCCACAGAGCCCUCCAUUUCCUAUCAUCCAUGUGCUUAAAUGUCCCUGAUGUAUCUGCCUCUACCACCACGCACAGGGUAUUCCACGCACCCACCACUAUGUAAAGAAUAUUUCAGAUGUUACCCUAUACUUUCCUCCAAUCCCCUUAUUAGCCCCUAGCAUUAACAAUUUCUACCCUGAGAAAAUAUCUCUGGCUGUCCAAUCUACUUAUGUCUCUGAUCAUGCUGUGCACUUCUAUCCAAUCACCUCUUAUCCCCUUUGCUCCAAAGAGAAAAACCCUGGCUCAGUCAACCUAUCCUCAAAAGACACGCUCUUGAGGAUCCUAGCAGCAUCAUAGUAAAUCUCUUCUGCACUCUCUCUAAAGCUUCCACAUCCUUAAUGAAGUGAUCAGAAAUGAACAUAAUGUGGCUAAUCAUAAUACCAUAUAACUUCUCCUUUUUCUCUUUUCCUCUGUUCCUGUACCUUGCAAAUUAAUUAAUUUGCAUUAAAUUUAGCUAAGAUUUCUUGAGUGAUGUCUCCACUGAACUCGGAGGAGUUCAAACAUUUGUCUGUUUUUCUUUUGAUGUAGGGUAUUACUUGCAUCAAUUUUUUUUUUGCUAAACUUUUGAUGUAUAUGAAUACAUUGAAGAGCAAAAGUUACUUUGAAUCUGUCGCAUGGGGAGUAAGGAAAUGGAGUUUGCAAGUUGGCUCUUGAAGCUAGUGUCCAUUCAGUAGAUUGUGUGUCCUGGAUUCUAAAUCUGCCACAGUUUUGUCUAUUUAAAUCAUCUAAUAACAUUGCUGUGUAAAUUUCUCUUUUAGCCUUUAUUCAUUUUUCAAAGUCAAAGUAAAUUUAUUAUCAAAGUACAUAUAUAUCAUCAUAUACAGUGCAUUCCGGUUAAUUGUGAUACAUUGGGACUAGUACAUUUUGAGCCAAGUAAGUGGUUGCUCUAAUUAGCCAAAGUUCCAUGGAAGUAGUUAAAAAGAUAUAAAAAAGGCAAACUACAGCUUAACUGGGUAGCAAAUUAUGUAUUUAAAUAAAAUAUGGAAUAAAUUAGAACACUGCCAAAACUACUACAGUACUAUAAAACUAUUAGUUCCUAAUAGUUAUUGAUGGAGGUAUUUUUGUACUUUAGAUUGUCAGUGAAUACACCUCAUGCAGGUAAUGGUCUGCCUUCAUUGCCUUCCUGCAUGAAGUGUUAUCAUAUUCCAACAAUACGUUUAAAGUCACUGCUUUUUGAAUCACAUGCAACUGAUGCUAAUUUAAAACUUUUCAUUCUAAGCACAGUGUGGUGUCUGAUGGCCACACAAGUGCACUCAACUAAUGCCAGUUAGAAACUGUUUGGCAACUGUCUCCUGUCCCAAUUAAGUGGCAUAGUGCCCCAAAGAAAUGAAGGGAAUCCCAGCUACUUUCUCAAUUCGUUUUUGUUCUUUAAGAGUUGUCCCAAUUAAGUGGCUACCUCGAAUAACCAAUGAGCCAAUUAAUCGGAAUCUACUACAUCGAGAUUCAUUUUUUGCAGGCAUUUACAGGAAAGAAAUAGAAGAAAAUUUAUGAAAAACUACUGUAUUCAUAAACAGACUGACAAACAACCAAUGUGCAAAAGAAGACAGAUUGUGCAAAUAAACAUAUAAAUAAUACUGAGAAUAUGAGUUGUCAAGUCCUUGAAAGUGAGUCUGUAGGUUGUGGAAUCAGUUCAGAAUUAUCCACGUGUUUGGUAUUGCUGGCAAGGCCAUUCCUUAUCCCUAGUUGCCUUUGACGAGAUGGUAAUGAGCCAAUUUGAACCACUGCAGUGUGGUGUGAUGGAUAGGGAUUUCCAUGAUACAGACCCAAUGACAACUAUCCAAACUCCCACAGUAGUGUUGAGUAGGGAUUUCUAUGAUACAGAUCCAAUGACAAUUAAUUACAGAUCACACUGGUGUGCAAGUUGGAGAGGAACCUGCAGGUGACGGUGAUCUUGUGUAUCUAAUGGGAAUUAAUAUCACUUUGAAAUUCCACUUCAAUCUUUUUAGGACAAUACUCUGUCCAUGACAUAGGCAUGUAUUUGAAAGGUGAAGUGACAGUCACCUACUGGAUAACAAAAGUUGUUUUUGUAAAUUUCAUGCACUACAGUCAUUGCUGGCUGCAAUAUAGCCAUCUGUCCUGGAAUGGCAUCGAGCUUUUGAGUGUUGUAGUAACCAAAUUCUUUUGGGCUCGUGGGAACAGGCCACUAUGCAAGUACCUCACUGAUAUUUGAAAAACCAUUGGGUCAGGAUUGAAUUGCUUGCUGCGGGGUUAAAGCCAUGGUGGUUAUGUGGCUGGUCCAUUUGAAUUUCUAGUCAAUGUGACUUUACUGAUGAGGUGGUGGUUUCUUUAUUUUAAUUAGAGAUACAAGUCCUUUUGGCACAACGAGCUGCACGGCCCAGCAAACCGCCUAUUUAACCUUCGCUUGAUCACUGGACAAUUUACCUACUAACCAGUAGGUCUUUGGACUGUCAGAUGAAGCCCAAGUGCUCACGGGAAGAACAUACAAACUUCUCACAGGGGACGCCAGAAUCGAACUCCCAACUCUGAAAUGCCCUUAGCUGUAAUAGCGUCAUGCUAACCACUACACUACAGUGGCACCCUAACAUAUUGUCAGGGGUUUUUGUGGCCCAGAAGUCAUCUGUCAUUUAUCAGACCAUGCCUGUGGGUUGUAUUAAGAGUAGACGGCCUCUGUUGCUGAGGAGUUGCAGAUAGAAUUGAAUAUUACACAAGCUUCCCUUUAUCUGACUUGAGAUUGGUCCAGCAGGAGGAAAACCAUCUGACUGAGACUGAAGGAAGAUCAUUGGUCCAGCAGGUGAAAAACCAUAAGACAUAGCAGAAUUAGGCCAUUCAGUCCAUCUAGUCUGCUCCACCUUCUCCCUGUAAUUUUUGACACCCUGACUAAUCAAGAACCUAUCAACUACUUUAAAUAUACCCAAUGACUUGGCCUCCACCGCUGUCUGUGGCAAUGUAUUCCACAGAUUCACCACCCUCUGUUAAAGAAAUUUCUUAUCUCUGUUCUAAAUGGACAUCUCUCUAUACUGAGGCUGCGCCCAGUGGUCCUAACUCUCCCACUGUAGGAAUUAUUCUUGCCACAUCCACUCUAUCUAGGCCUUUCAAUAUCCGAUAGGCUUCAAUGAGAUCCCCCCUCAUUCUUUUGAAGUCCAGUGAGUAGAGGCCAGAGCCAUCAAAUGUUCCUCAUACAUUAACCCUUUUCCCAGGAUCAUUCCUGUGAACCUCCUCUAGACCCUCACCAAUGCCAGCACAUCUUUUAUUAGAUAAAGAGCCCAAAAUUGUUCACAUUACUCUAUGCAGCCUGACCAAUGCCUUAUGAAGCCUCGGUACUCCUAUGGACAACUUGAGGUAAAGCCCUGAUAUGUGAUGAUAGCCCUCCAUAAACCAGUUUGGCACUACGUAGAGAAAUGGUUGGUGUUGUCAUUUGAAGUUGUUUCAGUGGCAGGUUUAGAUAUGUAACUUUCUAUCACAGUAGAUUGACUGGAUAUUAAUAUCACUUUGAAAUUCCACUUCAAUCUUUCUAAGACAACACUUUUCAAAUAAUACUCGUGCAUGAACCUUCCUUGGUCUCCUGGCAUUCAGCUAGAUUCUUAGUAGAUUAAAGACCUUUUAGGUAUUUGGAAGUCAGAUGAAUAAAAGUCAUAAACAUCCUUAUCCCUUACUUUAACAACCUCCUUAAUAAAAUAUAAUUGAUUUUUUGUUCUGAAAUUUCCUGUCAAUAGGUAAUGGAUUGACCAGUUUGCCAAGGCUCGGUUUCCCCUCGUAUCUUCUUAAGGUCAGUGUAGCUUGCAGUGUUUUUAAUCUGAAGAAUCAAAUCCUGAAGCAUGAGGACUUUGAUUAGCAAAGGGGAAUGCUGGAAUUGACGUUAUCUAAUUUUGAUCACUCAUCCCUCCUCUAUGUUAUUAUUGUCCUCAUCACUAUUAUUUUGCUAAUGUUAAUUUUGUGGAGACCCAAUGGCUGACUUAAAGUUAGUUUCCUUUGAAUAUCCAGAACACUGUCUUCUGUGAGCAAUUUAGAGCCCCUUAUCUAGGAAAGGGUGUGUUGACACUUGAGAAGAGACAGAGGAGGUUCAUAAAAAUGAUUGUGGGAUUGGAAGACAUCAUAUGAGAGUGUUUGAUGGUUCUGGACCUGUACUUACUGGAAUUUAGAAGAAUGAGGGGAGAUCUCCUUGAAAUCUAUUGAAAGUGGAAAGGCCUCAGUAGAAUUAAUGUGGAGAGGAUGUUUCUUAUGGUGAGGGAGUCUAGAACCAGAGGGAACAGCCUCAAAAUAGAAGGGCAUCUAUAUAGAAGAGAGAUGAGGAGGAACUUCUCUCACCAGAGGCUGGUGAAUCUGUGGAAUUCGUUGCCACAGACAGCUGUGGAGGCCAAGUGAUUCAGUAUAUUUAAGGUAAACGUUGAUAGACUCUUGAUUAGUCAGGGCACCAAGGCUUACAAGGAGAAAGCAGAAGAAUGGGUUUGAGAGGGAAAUCGGUCAAAUAGCCUAAUCCUGCCCCUAUAUCUUAUAGUCUUCUUUGUCUACUGAGACAAAUAAACUAUUUGAAAUACCUGUUGGAUCCUCAUUUUUAUCUGUAAUAGCAAUGGCAAUUUUUAAGGGGCCAACUUAAAGGUCCCAUUUUUCCUAAAGUUAAAAGAUUUCAUUUAGAUUUUGAUACCUAUUCCACCUGUCUUUUCAUAUUCCCUCUUAUUCUCAGUUUUGUCACCUUCUGUUCCUUCCCAGUCUAUAGGAUCUGAGGUAUAACAGCAGUUUGGGUAGAACGUGGAGAUGCAGAGUCUCUGCAAUAUAUUUGUUACCUAACCACAUUAACCAAGUCUUCUGUAAAUGCCGGUAAUCCUGUGAAAGCGAGCAGCAUGUAUCGGCCAGACGUGAUGCACAGUGGAAACCCACAUCAAGGAGCGCAGGAGGUGUAUCCAUUUGGGUUACCCGGAGAAAUUGGCGGUAGCAGAACACUGCAUUCACAAUGGUCCUAGGCGUGACUUCGACGACACAAAGUUACUGUGCCACGUUAGUGGCUUUUGGGACCUCCUGGUGAAGGAACCAUUGAAAAAUAAUUUUAGCAAAGAUGAAGGUCUCGCCCUAAGUAAGUACUGCAAUUCGAUUGUAGACAAGGUGGGACCGCUGAAAUCUGAUUGGAUGAGGACUAACCAAUCAGGAGGGACAGACUACAGCGGUAUAAAUACCACCAGACUAAAUAUGCCCAGGCAUCAUCCCUGAUGAGGCUGGCAGAGUUUGUCAUCGAAACGUCGGUCAAAAUCAAUACCAAUACCCAGCUGGAAACCCGAGAAGAGUUUAUUGGUCAGAAGGGAUAACUUCACUCACCCCAUCACUGAACUGUUCCCACAACCUAUGGACUCACUUUCAAGGACUCAUCUCAUGUUCUAGUUAUUUAUAGCUUAUUUAUUUAUUGUUACUACUUUUUUCCUGUUGUAUUUGGUUUAUAUGGUUAUAUUUGCACAGUUUGUUGUCUUUUGCACAUUGGUUGUUUGUCCGCCCUGUUGGGUGUGGUCUUUCAUUGAUUCUAUUGUGUUUUUUAGAUUUAUCGUGUAUGCCCACAAGAAAACUUACCUUGGGGUUGUAUAUGUUGACAUA